GAGCAAGUUGAGCCCAACCCUAGCAGCACCCCGCGCUGAACCCAUCACCGUCAGGCCAUCACCAUGCGAGGCAUCGGCGCCGCCGCCGCCGCCAGGCGGCACACUCCAUUCCUCUCCUCCCGCGCUCUCGCCUUCUCCUCCUCUUCUAGAAGCGGGGGCGGUGAUGGCGGUUUCGGGCACGGGCGCGGACGCGGCCUGCCGACCGCCGGGCAGCCGCGCGCUCCCGGGAGGCCCAUUUCCAACGACGAUGACGCGGAUCCCUUCUCUGCCACAGCACCCGUCGGCCGUGGUCGCGGGGAGCCUGAGGUUCCCUCCUCCCCAGGCAUCCCGUCCUUCGCUGUGUUCUCUGGCGUCGGUCGCGGCCGCGGCCGCGGAUCCCCACUGCCCCCACCGCCACCCCCUGAGGACGCUUCAAAGCAGCCGACCUUCACCAAGGGCUUCGACAACGCUCCUCAGCGCUCCUAUCCGGAGCCGCCGAGCCUCGAUGCUUCCUCCUCCGCGCCGCCGCUGCCCCGCCCGCUCCCGAUCUCCGGCGCCGGCCGCGGGGUCCCCUGGACGCAGCAGCCUUCGCCGGAUAAGCCUCCGGAAGAGAACAGGUUCAUCCGGCGCCGCGAGGCGGUGAAACAGUCUGCCGCCGAGCCGCCGAAACAGGCUCCCGGGGCGCAGCAACCGAAGUUGUCGCCACAAGAAGCUGUGAGACGGGCGGUUGAACUCCUGGGCGGCGGGGGCCGCAGCGGCGAAGAUGGCGGAGGGCGUGGUGGUGGGGGUCGCCUCUCCCGUGGCCGUGGCCGUGGCACAGGCCGCGGCAGGCGUCCCGGGCGUGGCGACCGCUCUGAUGAUGUGGAAGACGUCUGGCAAGCGAGCUACUUGGGGGACAAAGCUGAUGGCGAUAGGCUAGAGCAGCAGCUCGGCGAGGACAAGAUGAAGAUUCUGGAGCAGGCGUUCAUGGAGGCAGCAGAUAAUGCGUUGCCACAUCCAAUGGAAGAUGCUUACCUCGAGGCUUGUCACACAAACAACAUGAUCGAGUUUGAGCCGGAGUACCAUGUGAAUUUUGGUAAUCCUGAUAUUGAUGAGAAACCACCAAUGUCGUUGGAGGAGAUGCUUCAGAAGGUGAAGCCAUUUGUAGUUGCAUAUGAGGGCAUCCAGAACCAGGAAGAAUGGGAGGAAGCUGUGAAAGAUGUAAUGGCUAGAGCCCCCCAUAUGAAAGAGCUCAUAGAUAUGUACAGUGGACCUGAUGUUGUGACUGCAAAACAACAAGAAGAGGAGUUGCAAAGAGUUGCAAACACUCUUCCAGAAAGCAUCCCUUCUUCAGUAAAGCGGUUUACUGACAAAACUCUACUCUCUCUUAAGAACAAUCCUGGCUGGGGUUUUGACAAGAAAUGCCAAUUCAUGGACAAGUACGCUCGCAUAGUUUCAGAGCAAUACAAGUAGAAAGGCAUCUUAUACCCUGUUGUAGUAACCAUAUUAUUUGUCCUCCAAGGAGACAAGUACGCUUUGUUUUGAGAGAAGGUGAGAUGCCCAUAUCUAAUCCGUGCAAUGUUUUUUUAUUUAUUUCACUGAGAUGCUAGUUUGAUAAAUAAAAUUGGUGACAAACAUGUUUCUUUUUUUCAUCAUAUGAAGCACCAAUUCCUUGCU